UUUCAGGCAAAUUAGGUCAGUUUUGUUUCAGGAUGCGACCCACACCAGUCGACUAACACCCAGGUACCCAUUUUACUGAUGGGUGAACAUAGACACCCAGUGUAAAGAAACAUGCCCAGUGUUUCUACCCUCACUGGGAACUGAAUCCAGACCCUUGCCGUGUGAAGCGAGAGUUUUAGCCACCAGGCCACUGGACACCAUGACAUCUCUGUGCCCUCAAGACCAUCAAGAGAAAAGAUUUUGUUCAGAUUUUUUAACCCAGUGAAAGAUUAAAUUCAUCUGCAGUUUAUUUCCUACUGCUUUUAAUAGACAUGGCAGAAGACAGGGAGAUAUUGCGCGAAGUAUGGGAUGGACGAGUUCCUGUGUGUGUACAGCUGGCUAGUGAAGACUGUAGUACUCUGAGCGCUCCAGAUCCUUACUAUCUAAUGAUCCCAAGGCUAUCCUACUUUCCUCUAGUGAUGGAUAAGGUUCGUAAGCAUUUCCUGAGGUUUACAGCGCAAGAGCUUCAAGAUGCAGAAAUGUGGCUUGAGAGUGAUGGAACACCUCUUAAAUGGCACUAUCCAGUUGGUGUAUUGUUUGACCUUCAGUGUGGAGGGUCAGCACUGCCUUGGUGUCUCACUGCUCACUUCUCUCACUUUCCUGAACAAGAUCUUAUCAGAUGUCAAACCAGGGAAGUGGUGGAAUCUCAUUUCAUGUCAUCUCUAAAGGAAGCUGAUGGGCUAAAACAUAGAGGGCAAAUCAUCACCAACAUGCAGGGUAAAGACCACAAGCAGCUAUGGAUGGGGCUGUGCAAUGAUAAAUUUGACCAAUUUUGGGCAAUAAAUCGAAAAUUAAUGGAGUGUACUCCAGAGGAAGGGUUCAAGCAUAUUCCCUUUCGCUUACACUCUAAUUGCCAACCACCACUUCAGAGACUUAUUAAACCCAUAGCAGAAGAUGGUCGGAAGAUGACAUUAGGAGAUCUCCUUCAUGAAUUUCUGCCCAGUGCCAUAAAUGAAGGUGACAGAGUCGUUAUUCAAGGCAUUGAGGCACCACAAGAUACCCCUUUACAGUGGUUAAGUGAACACCUGAGUCAUCCAGAUAACUUUCUCCACAUUUGUUAUAUCACAGCUCAGACUUGAACUGUCUGUUGUGUUUAAGUAUUGAUAGAUGUUAAUUAUUUUUAAUCUUUUUUUUAUUAUUUUUUUUUUAUUAUCACACUGGCCGAUUCCCACCAAGGCAGGGUGGCCCGAAAAAGAAAAACUUUCACCAUCAUUCACUCCAUCAGUGUCUUGCCAGAAGGGUGCUUUACACUACAGUUUUUAAACUGCAACAUUAACACCCCUCCUUCAGAGUGCAGGCACUGCACUUCCCAUCUCCAGGACUCAAGUCCGGCCUGCCGGUUUCCCUGAACCCCUUCAUAAAUGUUACUUUGCUCACACUCCAACAGCACGUCAAGUAUUAAAAACCAUUUGUCUCCAUUCACUCCUAUCAAACACGCUAUUCAUAACAUCAGCAAUCAUCUGUUUCUUGUCAUCCGCACUACAUCCACGCACAUUUAGGCAUCCCAGUUUUAUAAAGUUUUUCUUCUUCUCUUUUUUAGUAAAUGUCUACAGGAGAAGGGGUUACUAGCCCAUUGCUCCCGGCAUUUUAGUCGCCUCAUACGACACGCAUGGCUUACGGAGGAAAGAUUCUUUUCCACUUCCCCAUGGACAAUAGAAGAAAUAAAAAGGAACAAGAGCUAUUUAGAAAAAGGAGAAAAACCUAGAUGUAUGUAUAUAUAUAUGCAUGUGCGUGUCUGUGAAGUGUGACCAAAGUGUAAGUAGGAGUAGCAAGAUAUCCCUGUUAUCUAGCGUGUUUAUGAGACAGAAAAAGAAACCAGCAAUCCUACCAUCAUGCAAAACAGUUACAGGUUUCUGUUUCACAGUCAUCUGGCAGGACGGUAGUACUUCCCUGGGUGGUUGCUGUCUACCAACCUACUACCUAUAUUUUUAAUCUUAUAGUACAGUAUUGUGUUAUGAUGUACAGUAAUUAAUUUGUUAUAUUUUCUACAUUUGUUUUCAGUGUAAAAAAGAGCAUAUUUACAAUACACAAUUUAUACAUUAAUUUAUUGUUGCAAAAUAUAAUAU